AUGCCUCCACGAUAUGCUGGUGGGCUCAACCCGCCUUUCCACCCUCAAAACCACUUGCAGUCGUACCACCCGACUCAACAACAAUCAUUUCUGCCACCUCCAGGCCAUUCAAACUCUCAGAACAAUGCGAUCUCGAGUCCCUUCUCUUCGAUAGGCCAGUCCGCCGUAAACAACUUCGAACGCGGCACACCCGACACCAUGAUGAGCGGCCAGCUUGGCUUCGGGAGAGGCUCAUCAGUCCAAAACCACCAGGGCUAUAGUGAGAUGGGCCCGAUGAGAGAUAGACCCGAAGACAGCCGGAUACGAAAUGUAUGGAAGCACAACCUCAAGCAGGAGAUGGAAACGCUGCGGAGUCUGGUCGACGACUAUCCAUUCAUUGCUAUGGACACCGAGUUCCCCGGCAUCGUAGCCAGGCCUAUUGGUCAAUUCACCAACAAGAGCGACUACCACUACCAGACUCUGCGUUGCAACGUCGACUUCCUCAAGAUGAUUCAGCUGGGCAUCGCUCUCUUUCGCGAAGACGGCUCCUUACCUCCCAGCGAUCACAACGCCAGAAACGGCUACGCAAGUACUUCAGUCACACCAUACGCCUGGCAAUUCAACUUCCAAUUCUCUCUCGAAGAAGAUAUGUCUGCCAACGACUCGAUCACGAUGCUCUCGAAAGCUGGCAUCGACUUUGAGCGCCACAACAAGCAGGGCAUUGACCCUCACGAAUUUGGCGCCCUCCUCAUCUCGUCCGGUCUGGUGCUUGACCCAGAAGUCCACUGGCUCUCUUUCCAUUCCGGCUACGACUUUGGCUAUCUGAUGAAAACGAUGAUCUGCCAAGCCCUGCCAGGAGACGAGGAUAACUUCCACAUGAGGAUCAAAAAGUUCUUUCCCUCGCUCUACGACAUCAAGUACAUGCUCAAGCAUGCAGCUGCCCGACAACAGGUCAACGACAACGUUCCGCUUUCUCAGGAGGCCGCCCAUAUUAUCAAGCAGAUGUAUACCAAGUCUGGUCUACAGGACAUAGCCGACGAAUUGGGCAUCGCUCGUGUUGGACAAGCUCAUCAGGCAGGCAGCGACUCGUUGUUAACAGGCCAGGUCUAUUUUGAGAUGAAGAAGAAGAUCUUUGGCGGUAGCAUCGACGAAACCAGGUAUUCUGGCCAAGUCUGGGGUCUCAACGCGCAGAUGCCGCCAAUUCUGAACAACAUAGCCCCUCGCGAAUUGAAUGGUGCCACCUUCUACCUUCUGGCGCCCCCAGCACACCCCAAUCGACUGCAGCAGGUGUCGCUAACAAUCUCGGACCUUCGACCCCGUUCGGCAAUUUCACUUACUCUGGUAGAGGCGGUCUAA